GUGUGUGGAGGGGGCCAGGCUCGGGCAGGUCUGAGAAAGGAAAUGGAAGGACAGACAAGUGCUGACCUUGUCCUCCCAGGGCAGGGGAGUGGUAGGAGCAGAAUAGGGGUAUGGGUGAGAAGAGGAACCAGGGCUGCGGAGAAGGGGAGGGGGCCAGGCAGGAGAGGGGGCCUGCAGGGAGCCAUCUCAGGUCUCCUGCCAAAAAUUAAACUAUAAAAAGGCCGGAGGGGAGCGGCAGGGGAAGGAAGGAGAGAAAGGAGAUGGGGAGGGAGGGAGGGACCAAACAGCCCCUCCGCACCAAUGGCCCGGCAGGGGGACGUGAGUAAUACAUGGCUGGUUCAGAGGGAGUGAGAUCAAAAGCCAGAGAUACAAGAGGUUUGUGCUUCACCGACCAGACAGCCAGAGGCUCAAUGAGACCUUUGUUACUCAGGCCCAAGUCAGGGUUGAAGGAAUACCUGACCGCCCUGCCUGCCCAGCCCGCCCCCACCCCCACCGUCCUCAGGGCUGGGGGAGGGGCGGGUCACAAGUGAGUCAAGUUGAGUUGGGUACAGCUCAGCCCAGGCCGGUGGUGGGCGGGCAAGGGGAGGGAGGAGGCCUGCCCUCACUGGGGCGUGGAGCUUCUCGGGGGUGAGUGGAGGAGUGAGUGGCUGCCUGGAAGGCAGGAAGUGGCUCUGCGGGGAAUUGUGAGGCAGACUGCGAGGGAAAGGGGGCCUUGUUGAAUCCGCCAGAUUUCCCUCUAGCCCAGACCUGCAUAUUGCCUCCCAGCAAAAUCCUGAUCCUUUUAAAUCUCAGCCCUCAUAUCUGCCUGACACAAUGCAGCAUCGAAAUGAGCCAAGUCACAAAAGGUCCUGAGACAUUGACAGGGCUUCAGAGGACCCCUACCAUCAUGAUAAGGAUUCUACCAUCAGAAAAGAGGCCAAACUUCUAUCACCAUGGUGGAUGUGAAGUGUCUGAGUGACUGUAAAUUGCAGAACCAACUUGAGAAGCUUGGAUUUUCACCUGGCCCAAUACUACCUUCCACCAGAAAGUUGUAUGAAAAAAAGUUAGUACAAUUGUUGGUCUCACCUCCCUGUGCACCACCUGUGAUGAAUGGACCCAGAGAGCUGGACGGAGCUCAGGACAGUGAUGACAGCGAAGAGCUUAAUAUCAUUUUGCAAAGAAAUAUCAUACUCUCAACAGAAAAAAGCAAGAAACUCAAAAAAAACCCAGUUUUUGAAAUUCAAGAGCGGCAAGAGGAAAUAGUGGAAAUAAACCCUGAAUAUAAUGAUUCCAAGAUGAUAAUAAAGGUUGUCAGCCCCUCCAGCUUCCAGUCCAGGAUAUAUAAGUGGCCUGAGGCUUCCACCACUAAACCCAAAGCUGUAGAUACCUAUUGCUUGGAGUAUAAGCCUUCCAAGGGAAGAAGGUGGGCUGCAAAAGCACCAAGCAUUAGAAUCACAUAUGGGACUAUCACCAAAAAGAGAGGCUACUGCGCGGAAGACCAGACUAUUGAGAGCUGGAAAGAAGAAGGUUUCCCAGUGGGCUUGAAGCUUGCUGUGCUUGGUAUUUUCAUCAUCGUGGUGUUUGUCUACAUAACUGUGGAAAAUAAGUCGCUGUUUGGUUAAGUAAUUUAGGAGCAAAGCAAUACUCCAAGCGAGGCCUCCUGCUUCAGGAAAGAACCAAAAAAGUACCCUGAAGGGCAAGCCUAGCCCGCAGCCCUCCCUUGCAGGGAGCCUUCCCUUGCACUGUGCUGCUCUCACAGAUUGGUAUCUGGGCUCAGCCAGGUGGAAGGAACCAAUGGGAGAACGAGGCACCUGUAUUAAGAGCGUGAUGGUUAGGAAAUUGCCCAAGUCAUGUCAGCUCUCAUUAAAGGUGCUUUCAUAUUUGAGCAGGUGUCAAACAAG